UGCAUGUCAAACAUGGCGCACGUCAAACUAGCCAGAAAGUGAAAUGGAGAGUCAAUGCACUUGCGAUUAGGAGACAACGGUACAUCAGAAGUCACCAGUCAUGUGGCCGAUGGUGUUAGACUAUACAAAAGAUGAAUGCCAAAGAAUGCUUCGGAAACUGGAAUUGGAGGCGUAUGCUGCUGUGGUGUCAGCUUUUCGGGCCCAAGGGGAGCUGACCAAGGACAAGAAGAAGACACUGCAGGAACUGAGCAAUAUUCUCUGCAUAUCCUUAGAACGACAUCGUGCGGAGAUACGGAGGGCUGUGAAUGAUGAACGGCUGAACACCAUCGCAGAGCGCAUCGUGGGCCCCAACACGUCGUCCAAUUGGGCCAUCGAAGGAAGACGCCUGGUGCCGCUGAUGCCACGGCUAGUACCGCAGACGGCCUUCAGUGCACUGGCCAAUAACGUGGCUAACAGCGUUGCAAAUGCUCAGGCCGCCAAGAGUGGCACUGCCUCUCCCACUGCUUCCAGUGUCACAGCCGCCCUUGAAAAGGAGCUGCUUCACAUCACUGGAAACGGCCCCAGCGCAGCCACGCCAUCAUGUUCGGGGAUCAACGGUCCGACGACGUCACCACGGCCAUUGCAGGCUGCUGCAGUGGUGCCUCCGAGUGCAGCGUGGACGCCACCGGCCACCACUGGCCCAGUGCCGAAGGUGCCAAGCCCAGCUGUUGCAAAGACAGAGCCUCUGCCUACUGUCCCUGAUGUUUCUCAAGCAGAUGAAGACAACGUCUUGCGCAAGAGGAAGCGCUCCCUGAGCUUGGACUCCCUGCCAGCACCAGCAGCCAGCAAUGCAACUGCUUCGGUGGUCAUGCCUACAUCCGCUCCUACCACUACUCCCGUCACAAACGUCAUGGCUGCUGCAUCUGUGUCUACCCCUUCCUUGGCUACCUCUUCGCCCGCUCCCACCGCCGCCCCGCUCGCACGGGUUACCACCAACGGCCCUGUCGUGACGAAGGUGGUGGUUCCAACGUCACUUCCUGGCACUGCCGUCUCGCCUGGCGUGAUGACGAAGGUCGUUAACCUUCCGCCGGCGUCCACCACUCAGCUCAGGGUCCCCGUGGCACCGACGCAAAGGACGACCAAUGUGCCGGCAUGCUCUCAGAAGGUGAUCCUGGUGUCCACCACGACAGCACCCAGCCCCAUGCCUUCAAACUUGCCACAUCCUCCUCUGAGCGUGCCCGUGGUGAAGACGGUCUCGGCACCGGGUACAGCGCCACUUGUGCACCAAGGCAAGGCACCCAUGGUCAUGGGCCUGCAGGCCUCCUCAGCCGGUCAUCCUUCUUCCCCCGCUGCUUUGACCAGUGUCACAUCUAUUGUCACCGCUCCAGUGCCAUCAGCAUCCGUGUCAGUGACCAGUGAGCCGGGUGUGGUGCGCCUGCGACCACGGGCCGUGACGGUGAACCCCCGUGUGCCUGUUCGAGUGCCACGUGUCCCUACACCAGUGCCUCCUACGAUGGGCGGUGGGGCUCCGCAGCUGCCCUGCCCGUCACCCUCGUAUGGCAAGGCCACCAUCUCGGUGCCCAAGGGGGCCAUCAUGCAGUAUCGCCAGGAAGGCACAGUGAAGAUAAUUGCUCAAAGCCAGCUGCCAAUCUCGGGCGCCAAGCUCGUGACGAAGGCGGGGCCUGGCUCCACCAUUGCGGCCUCCUCUUCCUCCUCCUCCUCCACCUCCCUCAACGUUGCACCACGGGUUUCUACAGUCUCCAUUACAAGCAAUCAAACCCGGGUGGUGAAUGUGAUCACGGCAUCACAGCCCGGGGUGGUUCGAACUCUGAGCCGGACGGUGACGCCUGGCACGUCGGGUUUGAGCCAGCGCCCAAAUGCCUCGGGGCUGCGACCCGCACUGGGCUCCGGUGCAAAGCCCAAUGUGAUUGUUGUGCACAAGGCUCAAGUGUGGCCUCAAGCGCAGCCCGGAAUGGCGUCAUCGUCGUCUCAUCUCAGCCGGUCUACGGAGUCUAUUACAUAUCUGCAAAGGCAAGACCGACCCAAAACGACUGUCGGGGCAUGCGGCACAGUGACUGUCGUCAAGACAUCAGUUCCUGUUCCCCAGCCCUGUGUAGCACCGGUCGUGAGGAUGUCUAGGGAGACCACUGUGAAGACUGUGCCACGCCUGUCCAUACCCAUGAGAAAGCCACCCGAGCAGACAUCAGAUGCCAGCAGCAGCAGCAACAGCGGUUCCGCUGCUGGAAGCAGUGGGAGCAGCAACAACAACAACAACAGUAGCCUCCUGGCCGAGCUGAUGCAUGCUGCGGGCAUCCUCCAAGGCGAAGGCGACAGCGGGCAGCCACCCCCGUUGCUGGUCAUCGGUGAAGACGCGGUGCCACCGGCUGAAGUCGAAGUGGCCAUCGAUGCUGUGCCAGUGGACGACAACGCUGUGAUAUUGGACGACGGCCAGCUGUUGGUGGACAGCGAGGUGGUGAACUUAGUGGAGACCACCCCGGGUGUGGUCGUGGAGGAGGCACCGUGCCUGCUGCAGGGCCACGUGGUCUGCCACGAGGUAGAACUGGUCACCCAGCCUGGACUACAGCUGGAGGUCGUGUCAACGCCACCUUCAACUGAAAGCAGUCGUGCUCAAUCUACCCAGAACGGCCAGAUUGCUACCAAAGAGCCAGCGAGCCAUAAAGUUUUACCAAGUAUGCCAUCCUCAGCCGAACAGCCGAAACUAAAAAGGGCAAACGGUGAUGAUGGCGCGAUGCCAACGCCAGCACCUAAAAACAGUUCGGAUAGGCCUCACAGCCCGCACAGGAAACCGCCAGGCACUGAUGAUGGAAAGGACAUUCCUGGUACCAGCAAUGGCAUCGUUGCCAGAGGAGUUGCUGAACGGCUGGGAAUGAUGGUUUCAGGUGCCACUGCCAUUCCAAUUUCAUCUACCAGCACACUGCAUGCCACUGACACUGCCCAAGCUCAGAGACCUGCCACCAAUUCGCCAGCAAUAGUUGCCACCCAGCCUACCCCACCUGUCUCUUUAGCACCUCUAACUGAAGCAAGUAGUCUGUUGAGGCGGACUGAUAACUCCGAUCUAGCCAUCCCAGGUCCUAGUAAAGUGUCUACCGUAGGUUCAACAUGGAAGCACAGUACUAAAUCACCACUUCCUGGUCCAAGUUCAACAGCAGGGCAACAACAGCCUAACGGGCCUCAGCAGUCCAUCGUCCGCAUUCAACCAGAGCCACCUGUCGGCAUCAGCGAAGCACCGUCGACGUCCAAUGGACCUUCUAGGGUUUCGCCUGAUGCUUGCUCACUCGGCAGUGUCGGUGAAAACUCAAAUGCAGAUAUGAGCGACAGUCAAAGCAGUAGGCAAGCAAGCAAACAUCUUGGCACAUCUUCAAAUGGCAAUGGUGGCCCAAGCCAGAGUUCUGCAGAGAACAUUGCUGAGGAUUCUGCGGAAAACUCCGUGGAGAACCUGGUGGAGAACUCCGAGGGCAACUCGGACGACAACACGAAUGACAGUUCCCAGGGGAGCUCCAGCAUGGUUGGUGGCGAUACUAACGAGGAGGACUCCGUGGGACCCACCGAUCUGCAGGACUCCAUAUCGAGCUCCUCUUCAGCGGCGCUAGUCUACCCUCGCAACCCCGACGAAGAGCAGUCGGCCAUAAUCAGCUCGUCAUCAAAUGACCACAGUCGGAGAGACGUCCACAAAGCUAAGCGUGCUUGCGACGUGACCAGCUCAACGUCUGUGUCCGCGUCUCCGUGCCCAGUUGCACCGAUGCCUUCGACCUCCGCCGUCUUUGGGGAGCAGCGUCUGCCAGUUGCAAGUUCGACACCGUCUGCUCCCGAGCAAAACUCUCCUGACCAGACCAGCGAGGGCAGUUCCACAGGCAAUGGCGGCAGCAGCUCCAAUGUCACGUCGGCCGAACUGGAGAUUGCUGUGGUCUCUUCGCCGACUCCCGAUGCUCAAGAGUUGUCUGCAAGCAGUGCGAGCGGUGAGAGAAGUGUCGCUGGUAGCGAAGAGCGAAGCAGCAGUGCUGUCGAGUCAUCUGAGCAGGAGGGUCCGGCGGAAGUGAGCUCGGCCAUUGCAACACAGCAACCCGGCACUUCGUUGUUGCCUGCUCAGCGCGAAGAGGUGACGUCUGCUCAGCACGGUAAUGGCAUGUCGUCUGCAGCGAGCAGUGAAGUGACGUCGGCCGUGUCGUGUCCAAAUUUUGACAAUGACGACGACGACGUCGACGGUAACGAGGCUGGAUCGCUAGUGAGUGAGCUUGUUGUCAGUAGUGACGAAGAAGAAGUGAGCACUGCUGAGGCUGUGUUAGUGCAUUCCGAAGGUCUGGCGGAAAUCACGUGUUCAACUGUUGAUGCAACAAGUGCUUCAACAGCUUCCGGUAGCUCGUUUCACCUCAAUGCACGGCCUCUGUCUGUGUCCAGCACGGAGGAGGCAGAAUAUCUGGGAGGGUCCGUGGAGGUGGACUCACACGAGAACGUUCCUGAUGCUCAAGCCUUCAGUGACGUGGGCACAAGCAGCAGCUGUGGUAACAGGGGUGAAGCAAUGGGAGCAGAGGCUACUAUGGCAAGCGUGCCACCAGUGCCUGACGAAGCAUCGUCGGACUCGCACUCGGGGGUCGAGUCAUCGCGCACCGUGUCGACUGCCUGUGACAGUGCUCCUGCUGCCGGUGACCACGGGAAUGUGAGUGGCACAUCGGAUCAGCCGAGCCAAUCCGAAACUGGGGGCGGCUUUUCGACAGCGUCUGCGGCAGAGGAACCCGUGGAGUCUGGAAACAACGCGGAAGAAGUCUACGAAUUGUUGAUCUGUGAUUCCGAAGCGAGUGAGGGAAUCACAUCAGUCAUGGUUGACUCGGUGUCCAGUACUGUGAUUGGAGCUCAGCGGGGCGCUGGCCCAUCUCCGUCCACAUAUCAUUUAGUCUCCCUUCCAUCAUGCUCAUCGUCUGGCCCCAGCACAUCAGCUCUCCUCCCACAGUCGACGUGGCAUCGCUUACUCUUGCAUACCACAGGACUGACAACGCAGCACACCUCGACGCUUCGUCGUCAGUCGUCUUCAUUAUCAAGCAGCAGUGGGCAGCCCAUUGUGGCCGAUUCUUCCGCCGGCCUGCCAUCACAUGACAGUACCGCUGCCUCGAAUAGCGUGCCCGGCAGCACUUCUAGUGGCAGUCAGCCAUUACAAGUUGACAAUGGGAACGCCAGCAAUAAUGGCAGCAGUAGCAGUAGCAGCAGCGGCACCAGCUCGGAUCCUGCGACACCGCAGAAUGUCGACGACUCCGAGACGUACGAAAACGGAGCAGCUUCGGCAUCCUCGUCUGCUUGUGACGUAAUUCUGGUCGGAGCCCAUGCUGCAGGAACGUCAUCUGAGAUCGUGGUCUACGCAGAAGAGGAAGCGACAGCUAGUGUGACUGUUCUCUUGGAUAACUGUGACGACGAUAGCAGCAACAAUACGGCCUCCGAAGAUGUUCCGGGCAAUUUGCUGACCGUCAGCUCGUCAGGCAUCUGGACACGGCCAUGGCGCCAUGGCGGGCUGGCAAAUGGAGUGCCAGACGAACAAGCAUCGACCGUCGAGACUCAGUUUUGCACCAAGACGACGACUCCGCAGCGAGCUCAGCCAUUUCAGACAUUGACUGCAGUGGUUGGCAAUGUGGUGACUGUUGAGACAGUGAGGGACGUUGUGGAACAGGUGGUGACCUCGUCAGCCUCUGUGACUCCUGCAUCACUGUCCCAGCCUAGCACAGUCGAGGGGCACAGCAGGGGCCACAGCUUGCUGAAAAGGAAACGUCGUGUUAAUGCACUUAUCGAUGAAUCUUUGUGUGCCUCGGGACACGUGUCUGGUUGGGCGCGAGUAGCAUCAGGGCUUCUGGACAGAGUGUGCAAAUUUAGAGGUGCCAACAGGUCGAAGGGCGUGCCUCCACCAGCGCACUGGUUUUUGGAACCAGUCGAUCCUGAAGAUGCUCCCGGUUACUACGACGUCAUUGAUCAGCCCAUGGACUUCUCAACUAUAAAGAAAAAACUGGAGAGUGGCCAGUACCGGGACAUAACAGAGUUCCACGAGGACAUGAUGCUGGUGAAGCGCAACUGCCAGACGUACAACCCCCCGGAUCACGAGGCGUCGCAGGACUGCGAAGAGGUGUUUGCCUUCUACCUGCAGGAGUACAAUCGCUUGGUCGAGAAGUGGCAGAAGAGCCACCUGUUGUCUUCGCCAAAGAGAUCGAAGCUGAGCUGAAAGUAACCCAGCUGCGUUUAGCAGACAAACACUUGUUGCCACUACCCUGCCGUGCACCGAAGUGUUCACCAAUGGCGCAGCAGCUGCAGACACAUGGCGUGGCGUGAGCAAAGCUGCCAUUUGCUCCUCAUCGCUGGAGCUCUCACCAGGCCGAACGCUUCCCUGCCUUCUACUUACUUGCAUGUGCUGUACAUAUGGGACCUUUGUGAAAGGAGUGCCACAACGAUCAUCUGUACAUACGUUUAUUGCGCGUCAUCAUCAUCGUCGUCGUCGUGAAAGCCCCCUCCCCGCUUCACCACUUUUAUAGUUUUGCUUUUUUUGUGACCCUUCCCAAAGCCGUACAGACGGCCAGCCUUCCAUCGAGACAUUUUGUUCUGGCGUCGCGUGUCGUACAUUACGCGUCUACAACAGUUUGUUUUUAUUCCCAGCUUACAUUGGAUGUGCAUAGCUAACUUGCCCUGUAGCAUGCUGUUCUACCUUUUCGUUUGUCAUUUGUUGAAUCGUUUUUUUAUUAUUAUUAUUUUAGUAUGCUAUAUUGUUGUUGUUGUUGACACCUCUGCUUAUUGCCAAAAGUAAACACUUGCGGGAGCAGCACUUGGAUCGAAUCACUGUAGCAUAUACUUACGUAUACUAUUAUAUAUAUGUACGCACACAAGUACACACCUGGUGCUCAGAGCUUUGCAUACCUUGAAGCAAGAUAUUUUAAAAUGUGUGUGCAUAAUUAUGUGCAGUGCACAUUGCAAGGCUGGUUGCAGUAGUCGCAGCAGUCUGCCGGUCACAUGGGCAUAAAUGGAGAUACAUUCUGUUGAUUGUGAAAGGUGGAAAGAAGAGAGAAAAAAAAGGCUACCUUGUCCUGUGUUAUGCAGUAAUUUUUAAUUCUUGCACUAUUUUAAUAACGUGCAGCAUUCAGCAAAAGGCAGUUUGCAGUUUUAGCUCCCGAGUGCAUGUUCCAUUGCUUUUCACUGGAUUGUCUUACUGUCUUGACCCCCCCCCCCUUUUCCCCCUUUCUGUGCAAAAGAAUGGUAAUAUUUACACAUUAUGCCAAUUCACUUGAGAAAUCUUGUACAAUUACUUGUAUUUAAUUACUAAGCCAUAGUGUGUACAGAUUGUGGUCCCAUGUGUAAAUAUCGACCGAUGUGUACAUACGAUGUACUAUAUAAUGUAAUUGUUAAGUUUGUGUGCUUCCCCCAUCGUCAUCAUUACUGUACAGUGUAUAUAUAUGUAUAUUGUAAGAAAAAAGGAUAUUUUUAGGCCCUUGAUUUGUCAAUGAAGUUGUGAUUCUAUGCGAGUGCUUUUUUUUUUGUAACAUUAAUCUCUGUGAACCCAAGACGCAGCUGAGAAACUUUGGGCACCCAUCUUAGCCAAGGUGUCUUUUUAGAAAUACUCGUCGCAUGUACAGAUGAUGCGAUGGAGGGACGUGGGGCCUGUACUAUUUUUUUUCACUGGCACUGGAGAAUCGAGUUUACUGAUAUCUCAUGCUUGAGAAAAAAAAUAAUAAAGACUUG